AUGAAUGGUCAAUAUCCGCUUAUAAUUGGGAGUGACACGACAUCAGAAAUAACAAAAGCUGUGUCCAAAGUUUUCCCACCAACAACCCAUUUAUUUUGUACACGUCACGUACGUCAAAAUAUCGAACGACAAUUGACUAAAACAAGAGUACAUCAGGAUGAUAGACAAAAGCUAUUGGAAGCUAUAUUUGAUGUGCCUGAUUCAUUAAUUAAAUCAGAUAAUAUUGAAGAAUUUGAAGAUCGAUUAGCCGAAUUUGAACAUCUUUGGAAUGAAAUUAAAAACACUAAUCCAAAUAAUUAUAAGCAUGUGAUGGAUUUUCAUGAUUGGUUUAUUACGUAUCAAGCACAAAAUUUUCAAGAACAUUUAAUUGGUGGUAUUCGAAAUGCUGCUGGUUAUGUGAAUCAAGACGGAACAGCAAAAUUAUUUUAUAAUAACGACAAUGAGGCUCUUAAUCAUAUGUUAAAAAAUGAGUCAUAUUGGGAACGAAGACCAUUAUCCGAUGUAUUAGAAUCUCAAUCAGAACGAGCACAAAUAAUACGCGAUUAUUAUGCUUAUCAGCUACCUAUCCGGCAACCAACGACUGAUUUUAAUAUUCCAGCUACUGCAGGACGAAAACUGGGAAGAAAAGUAUUCGUGGGACAACAACAACCAUAA